CCUGAAGGUGACGUUCCUCAUCACCCGCCUCACGGGGCCCGCCCUGCAGUGGGUGAUCCCCUACAUCAAGAAGGAGAGCCCCCUCCUCAAUGAUUACCGGGGCUUUCUGGCCGAGAUGAAGCGGGUCUUUGGAUGGGAGGAGGACGAGGACUUCUAGGCCGGGAGACCCUCGAGCCUGGGGGCGGGUGCUCUGGGGAAGGCCCGCUGUGCUACUGGCCGCCGCCAGGGUCGCCACCGGCGCCCUCCCUCCGCGCCUCCCUCCCCCUCGAGCCGCCGCGAUGUCCCCUGCGCUCCUGUCCCCUCCCGCGUAGUGCUUGCCUUUGUUCCAGGAAUAGCGCUCCAGGCUCCUGCUGCCGCCCCUGGGCCUCACUCUGGAGCGAGCCGCCGCCCUCUCCUUCCAGCCAGCCAGCCCCUUCCAUGCACAUUUGGACACCGUCCUGCGCUCCAGCUGCAAGCUGGGCUCCUGUUACACACUGGACAGACCACCCACUGCCGCCGCUGCCAAGCCCCCUCCUCCCCACCAGACUGCCAGACGACUACAUCAUUCUGCCCACAGACCUGCGCUGCCACUGCCAUCGCCGUCCAUCGCAUCCCACUGACAGACUGCCGCUCCUAGUGAUCUGGACUCACCUCAGAGGUAUCUGGGCUGGCCACAGUCCUUGGACAGUGAUCCAGACAGCUGGCCUCCCCCCAAGGGAUCUGUCACCUUCAGCGAGACCUGUUUCCUCCCCCCCCAGAACCUCUUGUGUUCCAGCCUAGACCCAGGUGUGCCUGGCAGCCAAAUCGAGUCUCUCAUUUUCUCUUGUGGACCAGUUAGUUUUGCCUAUAACCCGGUUUUCUGAGUUUGCAACUGUCUCUCUGAUGUGUGCCUUUUGUUCAACACAGUAACCCCUGCAUUCUGCUCUGCUCUAAUACACUACCUGGAGAAAGUCUUUUCCUUAUUUUCAAUAAAUGUCAGACAUUAUUGAAAAGAAA